UUCCCGAAGCUGUUCACAGCCAACCCGCAUCUACCGAAAAUUCAGGAAACAGUCCAAUGAUCUCAGCCGUCCAGUCCUGGGCAGCUUUCAUUUGCUCCUCCGGCGCAAUUCCCUCCAAGUCGUCCUUGAAAUCAAAGUAGCGCUGUAUCGUGAGCAAGAUCCGUGCAUUCUCAAUAUUUAACCAGAUUUCGAUGUUGCGGAGCUUGUCUGAAGACGCUGAGGCCUGUGCGUCACAGUAUAUCGCUUCUGCUCUUUGCUUCGCCGCGAGACAUUGCCUUGAUGCGACGAUCGACAAGCAAUACUGCAGGACAGCCGUUUCUUCGGUGGAUGGUUCUAACAAAGCGCGGCGAUCCUCCAGAUAUGCAUUGAUUUGGGCGAAUUUCGAUUCAAUAGACUGUUAGACCAUGAGAAACCAUUAAUUAGUACUGGGCUUGCUAGUGAAGCGUACUUUCAGUCUUUUAGUCUUUUUGUCCUCUUCUA